ACAAUUGACGCGCCAGAUUCAAUUUACAGAUGUAACUUUGUAAGACAGAAGAGAGCAAAGACCCAAUUUCAUUGUUUAUCGUGAUGUUCGUGGCCGAUACACAGCUGUUUUUUUAUUUCUUGUAAUAGUCGGGUAAUUUAGUGGUUUUUCCUGCGUUUUGCAAGUCAAGGUGCCAUUCCCCUCCUGGUUUUAUUCUUGCGAAGUAUUGAGGACAUCAAAUUAUUUUCAUUUACGGUAAUAGUUUCAAAUCACAAGUGGAGAUGCCAUUUCCCCUCUGGAUCGGAAGCUGUGGGAUCAUCCCGUUUGAGGUGAGUGGCGCCUGAACGAGUGGUUGAGCUUUGCUAAUUCCUACGCAACCCAUCACUGUACAGCUGCAAUCUGGGUCAACGACCUCAGCAUAGCAAACGGGUCAAAAGUUACUAGCCGGUCAAAUAGAAAAACUCUUGGAAGCUUUGUCUUCAUCAUUCAAGCAUCGGGACAGCAGGUCAUUCGGCCAGCUUUACGACCCAACUCAAACUCCUUAACACAUGCUGUCCAGAGACCAUGCUCUGUGCAAAUGGUUCUGUCACAUACCACCUUCCAGCUACGAGCUGCUCAGCAACUUCUCCGGUCCAUUCAAAGACAGAUUACGGCACAGUGUGUAAGCCAAAGCCAGGGUGAGGCCACAGCCUGGCGAGCUUGUCAUCAAGACCGAGCAGUCCAUCUGUUACCGCAGUUCGGGCAGUAUUAAUGCCUCAAGCCCUGUGACAGGGGUGUCAAGACGUCAAGUUCUUCCAAAAAGACGGUUGAAGUGUCGUUGGUCUAUGAGAAAGCAACCAUCGCUGCUAAGAUGAUCAGGGAUUCAAGUCCGUCCAUGAAGACAACUGUGGAUUGUGUGUCUCCAAGAGGAAUUGCCAGACAAAGCUAGAAUGGAUGAGCAACGCUCCAGUGCCUACCCAUUGUAUCAUCAAGACCUCUUCACAGCCGUGUCUCUCUGCCCAUGGACCUCAUACUCUGACAGGGUAGUAGGUCCAUGCUCUGCCAUACCUCUUAACCCUAAAAAGACUGGGGCCGUUGAAUUCUGUUUCUAGCAAAAAUUCAUCUUUGUAUCAUUACCUUUACUUUUUCUCGAUAAAAACAAUUAUCUUCAUUUUUAUGAUUUGAAAAAGUGUCAACAAUUUCCAUUGAAAAAAAACAGUAGAAUUACUUAAAAAACUUUCAACAAUAAAAUAAAAUAAAAAGAGUUGGAAACCAAUUUUCUUGUAUCCAAACAGAAACCCUUAAAGGGCUUUAAGGGCUUAAUUUAUAGAUUCACAGCCAAAUUUUAAUUCCAUGCAUAAGUUAGCACAAUCGUGAGUUAUUUUGGAAUAACCAAGUAUGCAGUUCUGUAGAUUGCAUCGUGGUUGAUGUGCACAUUUAUGUUUGUCAUGAUCACUCUAUUAUGAGCCAAAAGGAUUGUUUGAAAGCCUUAACAAAAUACCCCAGUCUUAUCAGGGUUAACCAUGUUGGUUAGAGAAGACCUUUCAGCAGUGGGGUGGGUAACGUCUACUGCUAUCACACGCUGGUUGGAGAUGCCCUGCGGAGAGUGGUGAUAGCCUACAAGAAGACCAGGAAUCUCAAGAACAUCCUCCACACCCCAGAAGAGAAGACCCUUCAGUAAUGAGAUGGAUAACGUCUACCGCUAUCGCCCGCUGGUUGGAGAUGCCCUGAGCUGAGUGGAGGUAGCCUGCAAGAAGACCAGGAAUCUCAAGAACAUCCUCCACACCCCAGAAGAGAAGACCCUUCAACAAUGAGAUGGAUAACGUCUACUGCUAUCGCCCGGUGGUUGGAGAAUCCCUGAAGAGAGUGGAGGUAGCCUGCAAGAAGACUAGGAAUCUCAUGACAUCCUUCACACCUUUGACGACUAGUUUGAGGAACUGCAGCAGAUCAUCAAGAGCUACCCAGCCCUCCCGCUCCACCAACACCAGUGGGAGGUCUAGCUCCUGGUCAUUAUGCAGAGAUGGAGAAUCUUUGUUUAUUCUUCCAGCCCUUCAACUUGCUCCACCUCCACCAGUGGGAGGUCUAGCUCCUGGCUAUUAUGCAGAGAUGGAGAAUCUUUGUUUAUUCCUCCAGCUACACAGCCGGCCCGCUCCACCACCACCAGUUGGAGGUCUAGCUCCAGGUCCUGGAUAUUAUGCAGAGAAGGAGAAUCUUUAAAAGCAGAGAAACUGCAGGUCAUGUGACUCAGUAUGCAACAUGGACACACCCCCUAUCUGGUGAGAGAGAUGGUCAUACCAGAGACAAGGACAGACAGGUCAUGUGGGUGACCCAUCGCAGCAACAU